AAAAAAUCUAUUAUUUCUUUUCUCGAGUCUCUUUCUCUUCCAUUUUUGAUUAAUAUAAAUAAUUUGAUAGUAAUACAUAAAUUUGCCAUGCAUAUAAUGAGCGCGAGAGUGCAGUAGUUCCAAGUAUAGUUCUGCUACUCUCAAAUUGAGAAGAUUAGAUGGAUAAUAUAGAAGAAAAUGGUACUACCACGUCUUGUAGCCCCAAAGAAGAAAUGAUGGAGGAAAAAUAUGUUGAUUCCGAUAUAGAAUAUCUUGAAAUAAAAGGUAUGGAAACAGAAUUUUCAGCUGGAGAAAACAAUUUUACAAAUAUGUUUGUCGAUGUGUCGGAAGUUGUACACAGUUCAGAAGAUGAAUUAACCGAGGAGGAUCCUCUCUCAGAAAAAGGAAUAAUUAACGCUACCGAGUGUACAACCAAAAAUUUACAACAGCUACCGCCAUGCAAAAACGGAUGUCACCUGAAAAUUACCGAAGAAGAUCGAAAGAAGACUUUGUCCGCUUAUUCUAAGCAAAGGGAGUUUCGAUCAAGAUUCAAUUUUGUGACUGAUAUGAUAGUAAUGGUACCAAUGGUGGUUAACGACAAAAAGUCCCCUGGCAUGUUUAAAAAAGUAUACAAUACUUCUUUCUACAUUAGAACGAUCGAAGGUCCUAAAAAAGUUUGCAAAGCUUGUUUAACACUAAUACUCGAAGAGAAGGACAAUUUUAUUUCAACAGUAUUAGUGAAAAAGUUUCUCAAAAUCAAUAAAAUGCUACAAUCCAGUCAAGACUCAAAUGAAGAUCAAGGAAUCCUCCAGAAAACUGAUAAAGCUGAAAUGUCUAAUAUUGAUCUGACAAUAGAGCCAGAGAGGGAGAGAUUUAGUGCAGAUCCCUAUCUCAUCAGGGAUGUUAAGCUUGCAAGAGGCUACACCCGGAUUCCCCCAUGUAAAUACAAGUGUUUCUUGAAAAUAUCAAAACACGAUCAGAGAAAUAUUUUCGAAUCCUACUGGAAAGGGGCGACAUUUCAUUCAAGAAUAAAAUUCAUAAAAAGCAUGACAAAAGUGUCAAAAAGGGUAUAUUCCGAUCAGAUUGAUGGUCAUGGAAAUCCUGAAUACAUUGCCAAUUAUAAUCUGAGGGCAAAGAAAGGUCUACAGCAAGUUUGCAGAACAUGUUUUCGAAUUGCUCUUGCUGAGCCGGACAAAUUCAUAACAGAAGUUUUGGACGAGAAAUUGCGAGAAUCAAGUAGACUAGCAGAAUUUAAAGAGCCAAGGCCCUUAGAUGAUGACGCCCAACUUUUAGACGCACAAAGCCAGCUCAAAGGUGAACCUUUCAGCAUUUCUGAUGAUGGCAUGCGACUAAUUUGGAAUCGACUGCAACACUGCAAAGAAAAGUGCUACUUGAAAGUAACAGAAGCUGAUCAGAUACGAACUUUUGACGUUUACCGUCGAGCACUAACUCUCCUUGACAGAUACAAUUUUUUCAAGGAAAUGACAGACAUGAUACCAAACAAACAACCCGACGUCGAGAAUUCUAGCAAAGCAAUGAAAAACUCUGCUGUAUACUACAUUAAUACAAAAACAGGUCGUACAAGGGUCUGUAAAUGCUGUUUUCGUCAUACUAUCAACGAGUCAGACUUUCUUAUGGAAGCAGUUUUUGAUGAAAAGUGGCGUCAAGUCGCAAAUUUGAAUCAGCCGAAUGAUGAAGUACCACUACAAUUGGAGGAUCUUGUUCGUAAUCCAAUUAUAGAGGUAGAAAAACACAUAAAGAAAUUUCCACUUUGUGAAAUUCAUGACUUUAGUGCACAGAAUACCGAAAAAUAUCUACCGAUGGGAUUAUCACUUGAAAUUAUGUAUUAUCUUUACGUAAAAGAAGUUUGCAACCCAGUAGGCAUCGACGAAUAUCAUGAGAUCUUAAAUUUAAUGAACCUGAAAUUCCAACCAGCCGUGAAAAAAUAUACAUCACCAAAGAACCUGAAAGAACAAUUGAGACUGAACUAUCACGUUGUUGCUUUCGAAUCAGCGCAAAAGUUAAAAUCAAUGGACGAAAUAAAAGCAGAAUUUGCCAAUAAUUCGCUCGUGCUCUGCCUAAUCGGUCUUAGAAGAAGUUUGCCAACUCCUUGGUUAAAUAAUCCCGCUGCCUUUUAUAAGCGACCUCUCUGGAUCCACAAUUUGACAAUUCGUCAAAAUUCUGGUAGCCAUCUGGGACGCCCUAAAUUCUACAUGUGGGAUGAAACUCAAGGAAAACAAAGCCCUAAUGAAAUCGCCUCUUGUUUAUAUCAAUACCUUUUGGAUUUGCCUCCUACCGUUAAAACUGUAAUCGUUUGUUCAAAUUGUGGCGAAGAAAGUAGGAGCAAGACCCUCUCCAUAAUGUUUUCACACUUGAUGGCGCAUCACAAAACCCUCGAGACGAUAGAGCACAAGUUUCUCACUUCUGCCCCCUUUCAUUCUGACGAUAAUCUAGAUAAUAUUUUAACUGAGAAGACUGUGAAAAAGUAUCAAGGCGCGAUUCAACAUCCAAAGGACUGGUACAAUGCUUUGAGCAAACCACGAAAGUCAAAAGAGAAACCUGAAGUUGUAGUCAUGAGUGCGGAGAAGUUUUACGAUUUCGAGAGUCAUUGGAAAGACCCUUUGGAUGAAGAUGAACCUUGUGUCGACAAGGAAGCGAAGUGGUUGCGAUAUACCAAGGAAGGCGUUGCUUGCUACAAAAACAGUUGGACACAAAGUUAUAGAUUUAAAGUCGCGGAUUUAAAAUUGAAAUCUCAGUGUGAGAGUGUCUGGAACGCAGCACUUAAUAACCUUGGAAGAGUUCCUUUAAGUAAGGAGAAAAAGAACGAUCUUUUGGAUUUGCUUCCUUUGAUGAGUCCAGAGGUAACAAGUUUUUAUGAAGGGUUACCUGUAGAAAACAAUAUUGGCCUGAACAUUGUGAAUAAUUUGCAAGAAAAAGGAGAAUCAUCGAGAAUAAAAAGGGAUUCCAGGUUUUUGUUGAAGAAAAAUUUUCUUUCGGAUAAUGUAGAUUUACCCAAGAAAGCUUCUAUCAUCAAGAGUAAAUUAAAUUUUGAAAGCAAUGUUCAGGAAUUUGAGAGAGAGAAAGAGGAUGAAAGGAACCAGAAUGACCUUGGUGACGAAUAUGUUGACCUAUCAAAAAGGAUAGAAAUGUUUAGGGAAGAAGCAAUCCAAGGUUCUAAUCCUAGAAAGUAUCCAAAGGCCCGAAAGUCGUGGAAAGCACUACCACCAUGUGACGAAAAAUGUCACCUAAAGAUUCCACAAGCUAAUCAAAGACGAAUUUUUGACCUGUACUCACAGAUAAAAUUGUUUGAAUCGAAAAUGGAUUUCGUAAGUGGCAUGAUUAAAAUUAAUUCUAUAACGCCAGAGAUAAAGGCAGCUCUUAAAAUAUACUACACCACAUACUUGGUCAAUACGGAGGAAGGAAGUCAAAACAUUUGCAGAAAGUGUUUUGUUUUUAUUAUUGGCGAACGGGACUAUUUCAUAACAAAAGUUUUGGAAGAAAAAUUUCAGGAAAUGGAUGAAUCCACAGAUUUGGGAGAAGAGAAUCCAAAGACAAAUCCAGAGAUUCAAGAAUGUGAAAUAAUUAAUGAAGAGCAUUCAUCAAUCUCAAAUGAUGAUAUUAUUAUUGAGAGAGUUGUAGAAAAAACAUUGCCUGAAUUAUAUGAAUUGAAAGAAACCGAAGAGGAGCGUCGACAACUAAGAGAGAAUCACCAACCAGAAGAAAUAGAUGAACAUUCGAAAGAUGAAUUAAUUAACGAACCAUUCUCUAAUUCCGUUCACCUCACGUCGAAGAACGAGGAAGAAAAUUUAACAGGAAGUCGAAAAAUAAAUAGUCCUGUGGUGCAAAAAGUACAAGACCACAUAAACAAAUUUCCAGUCACUGAACAAGGUUUCGCAAAAUAUCUACCAAUAGGACUGACACUUGAAGUCAUGUACGAUCUUUACGUAAAAGAAGUCUCCAAUCCUGUUAGUAUCAACUUUUAUAAAAAGGUAUUGGCCCGUACUGAUCUUAAAUUUAAAUCCUUGAUUUUGGGCAUAUGCGAGAGAUGUAGUACAAUUUUAGAAAUGAUGAAAAGUCUAGAUGAUCCCAAUGAACGAUAUAAAAUUGACUGUGACCGAGCUGCUCAUCUCUUAGAUGCUCGAAAAUGUAACAAAUCUAAAUUGCGUGAUGAAGAUGAAGCACGUAAUAACAGUGAUGUCCAUGUUUGCUCCUUUGCUUUUCAAAGUAGUUUACCAACUCCGUGUCUCAAUGAAUCCCUUGCAUAUUACCAGCAUCCUCUGUGGACUUACAAUUUGAUAAUCGAACAACAAAUAAUCGAUAGAACUCUGCCUGGGAUGAAAUCUUAUUCGUACAUGUGGCAUGAAGGAGAUGGAAAGGGGACAGCAAAUGAAAUCGCAUCUUGCUUGUAUCAGUAUCUACAAAAUUUACCCCCUUCUGUUAAAUAUGUAACCAUAUAUUCUACUGCCUGUGGUGAAGAAGCCAGAAGCAAGACACUUUCGAUGAUGUUUUCACAUUUCAUUUCGAAUCAUAAAACAAUUAAAAGCGUGGAUCAUAAAUUCUUCGUUUCUGGACAUUCCGGAAUUCAAAAAAGGCUAGAUAAUGAGUGGCUCGAGCUAAUGAACAAUCAUCGUGGUAAAAUAGAAGUACCGGAUGAUUGGUACCAAGCCGCAAAUUCAAACAAACAAUAUUUAGUUAUUAUGAAUCCGGAAAAGUUUUACGAUUUUGAGAGUUUGUGGAAAGAUAAUGGAGCGAAACCUUUUAUUGACAAGAGAGUCAAGUGGCUGCGGUAUUUGAAACAAGGAACGAUUUAUUCGAAAGAUUCUUGGCGCUAUAAUGAUCCGUUUCUUCGUUUGAAUUUAAAUUCGGAAUUUAAGGAUUUAAGCAAAAUAGGGUUGUGUGAACUUGGUAGGUUUCCUAUUACGGAGAAGAAAAAGAAUGGACUUUUGAGUUUGCUGCCUCUUAUGAGUCUUAAGGCGCGAUGUUUUUAUGAAAGGUUGCCUGACGAGAAGAUUCUAUCGCGAAAAUCGAAAGGAAAAUCCUCCUCGAAAAGAAAAAGGAAGUUGAGAAAAAUUCUACCUAUUCCCGGCUCUGUUGUAAAAGAAGAAGUGCAUCUUGAGAACGGUGACUUGGAUUAUAUCGGGGAAGAAAUUGAUGAACCGCCAAUCAAAAUUUCCAAUAAGCGUGAUUUCAUACAACUUGACGCAGUUUCAAUAAAGGAUAAAAGGAACGAGAGAAGCUCAAUUUCUUCUCACAGUUUGAGCAAGUUUUUAAAGUAAGAUGGGAAUUUGAGACUUGUUAUAUAAUUAAGUAUUUAAAACUCUUGUAAAUACUAUGUAUAUGGAAAAUUGUUUUUCAAACUGAUAUUAAAUAUGUUUUCU